AUGCUGCCACGUUCCACUCUUCAGCACCCACCAGAGCAGGUUGCACUGGUGCCUCAGUCCACAGGUGGCCGAGGAGAGCUCGGGCUUCUGAGUGUGUUCCUGGACUUCUUAGGUAACGGGCAGCUGUGCGUUCUCACCUCUCGUCUUCCCUUUCAGUGGUACGUGUGCAACAGAGAGAAGCUCUGCGAGUCCCUGCAGGCCGUGUUCGUUCAGAGUCACCUCGAUCAGGGGACCCAGAUCUUCUUAAACAACAGCAUCGAGAAGUCGGGCUGGCUCUUCAUCCAGCUGUAUCACUCCUUUGUGUCCUCCGUGUUUAGCCUGUUCAUGUCUAGAACAUCUAUCAAUGGGUUGCUAGGAAGAGGCUCAAUGUUUGUGUUUUCACCAGAUCAGUUUCAGAGACUGCUUAAAAUUAAUCCGGACUGGAAAACCCAUAGACUUCUUGAUUUAGGUGCUGGAGAUGGAGAAGUCACAAAAAUCAUGAGCCCUCAUUUUGAAGAAAUUUAUGCCACAGAGCUGUCUGAAACUAUGAUAUGGCAGCUUCAGAAGAAGAAGUACAGAGUGCUUGGUAUAAACGAAUGGCAGAAUACAGGGUUCCAGUAUGAUGUCAUCAGCUGUCUGAAUUUGCUGGACCGCUGUGACCAGCCCCUGACUUUGUUAAAGGACAUCAGAAGUGUCUUGGAGCCAACGCGAGGCAGAGUCAUCCUCGCCCUGGUCUUGCCCUUUCACCCCUACGUGGAAAACGGUGGCAAGUGGGAGAAGCCAUCAGAAAUCCUGGAAAUCAAGGGACAGAAUUGGGAAGAACAAGUGAACAGUCUGCCUGAAGUUUUCAGAAAAGCUGGUUUCGUCAUCGAAGCUUUCACCAGACUGCCGUACCUGUGUGAAGGGGACAUGUACAAUGACUACUACGUCCUGGAUGACGCCGUCUUUGUCCUCAAACCAGUCUGAGCCCGGGCCGCCGAGGCCGUGUCCUCACAGCCCCCGAGUGCGCCCAAAGAGGGUCUGCAUUCUCCCGCACGCGACGCGAGGGCCUCUGGGGACUGCCGCUCCAAAUGCCACGUAGGGAGUUAAAAAGCCAAAAUACUAAUGAUUGCUUUGUAGUGUGUAAAAGGAAUGUUUUUAAAAAACAAAACCCAGCUCUUUGAGGAUUUUUAUCAACUCUUACUCAGUAAUGCAGGUCUCACUCCAAUUACGGAAGAUAUUUUUAUACUUAAUUGCAGUGGGGACUCGCUCCCAGUCAAAGCAAUAGUCACGACUUCACGCGGAGCCCAUAAACAGGGAUCGUUUUUAGUAAAACAGAGACUGGCAGUAAAGGUGUCCGUCAUUCAGUUGCAAACAUUGGUUAUAAGGCAUAGCCACUGAUACCCUUUCAUGUUUAGAAAUUCUUUCUGUCAUUAUUCAAGAAAAUGUUUUUAAUCAUGCUAAUAAACUUUUUUGGAGAUGA